CUCUGCAGAAGGGACCCCGCGUGUAGAGCUGCGCCCGGGCUGGCCUCCAGCGGCGCUCGCUCUCUGGCUGGCACUUGGGGAUGUGCAGCCCUUGGCAUCCCGGCGGCUGCGGCAGGGAGCCGGCAGGGCGCGCGCUGAGCGCCGGCUCGCGGCUCGCGGAGGCUCGGGCAGCAGGAGGAGCGUGUGAGCUGUGGGCGUCCCUUUAAGAGCAGUCGGCCGACCCGGCCUUCGCCUCAGUCCUCCGCGCGUCGGCGGUCACCUGGCGCUCGCAGGGCUGCCAGAUCGAGGCGGGGCCGGCGCUCUCGCCCGCGGUGGUUGAGAAGGGGCCGGGACGCCAGGUGCCGGGAGUGGUCUGGGAGCGUGGCGGUCCCGCGCCUCUCUGCGGCGGAGGAUGCGGGAGCGUGUUUGGGUGCCUCUGCCGCUGUUGCUGCUGCUGCUACCGCCGCCGCUGUGGGGCGGCCCCCCGGACAGCCCGCGCCCGGAGCUUGAGCCCGAGCCGGAGCCUCUGCAGCCCUUCGAUCUGCUCUACGCCAGCGGCGUGGCCGCCUACUACAGUGGGGACUACGAGCUGGCCGUGCGCGACCUGGAAGCCUCGCUGCGCAGCCACCGGCGCCUGCGGGAGAUCCGCGCGCGCUGCGCCCGCCACUGCGCCGCGCGCCGCCCGCUCGCGCCCCCCGGUGUCGGCCCCGGAGCCGAGCUGCCCUUCUUCCGCGCCUUGCUGGAGCGGGCGCGCUGCUACCGCGGCUGCGAGACCCAGCGCCUGGGGGGACCCGCGUCCCGCCACCGCGUCAGCGAGGAUGUGCGCAGCGACUUCCAACGCAGAGUGCCCUACAACUACCUGCAGCGAGCCUACAUCAAGCUUAACCAGCUGGAAAAGGCAGUGGAAGCAGCCCACACGUUUUUCAUGGCCAACCCUGAGCACAUGGAAAUGCAGCAGAACAUUGAGAAUUACAGAACGCUGGCUGGCGUCGAGGCAUUCCAAUUGGUGGAUCGAGAAGCCAAACCACACCUGGAGAGUUACAGUGCUGGAGUUAAACAUUAUGAGGCCGAUGACUUUGAGCUGGCAAUCAAGUACUUUGAACAAGCUUUACGAGAAUAUUUCAGUGAAGAUAUGGAGUGCCGAGCCCUGUGUGAGGGACCUCAGAGAUUUGAAGAGUAUGAGUACUUAGGGUAUAAAGCUGGGCUCUAUGAAGCCAUUGCAGAUCAUUACAUGCAGGUGCUGGUUUGUCAGCAUGAAUGUGUGAGGGAACUUGCCACCCGCCCUGGCCGCCUCUCACCGAUUGAGAAUUUUCUUCCCCUGCAUUAUGACUACCUACAGUUUGCUUAUUAUCGAGUUGGUGAAUAUGUGAAAGCCUUGGAGUGUGCCAAAGCCUAUCUUCUCCUCCAUCCAGACGAUGAGGACGUCCUAGACAAUGUGGAUUACUACGAGAGUCUGUUGGAUGACAGCACUGAACUGGCAUUCAUCGAGGCCAGAGAGGAUUUGACAAUGUUUAUGAAGCGUCAUAAGCUGGAAUCAGAACUAAUAAAAUCAGCUGCAGAGGGGCUGGGAUUUUCAUACACUGAACCGAAUUAUUGGAUCCGAUAUGGAGGACGACAGGAUGAGAAUCGUGUCCCUUCAGGAGUGAACAUGGAGGGAGCAGAAAUUCAUGGCUUGUUUGUGGGGAAAAAAUCAUCACCCAAGAUAGACCGGGACCUAAGAGAGGGUGGCCCUCUGCUCUACGAGAACAUCACGUUUGUCUAUAACUCGGAGCAGCUGAACGGGACUCAGAGGGUUCUCCUGGACAAUGUCCUAUCAGAAGAGCAGUGCCGGGAGCUCCACAGUGUGGCCAGUGGAAUCAUGCUUGUUGGUGAUGGAUACAGAGGAAAAACUUCACCCCAUACACCCAAUGAAAAAUUUGAAGGCGCAACUGUUCUGAAAGCACUCAAAUUUGGUUACGAAGGCCGAGUCCCACUGAAGAGUGCCCGUCUGUUUUACGACAUCAGCGAGAAGGCUCGGAAGAUCGUAGAAUCCUAUUUCAUGCUGAAUUCAACCCUGUAUUUUUCCUAUACCCACAUGGUCUGCCGAACAGCCCUGUCCGGUCAACAGGAUAGAAGAAAUGACCUCAGUCAUCCCAUCCAUGCUGACAACUGCCUGUUGGACCCAGAGGCCAAUGAGUGCUGGAAGGAGCCUCCAGCUUACACGUUCCGAGACUAUAGUGCUCUCCUAUAUAUGAAUGACGACUUUGAGGGAGGAGAAUUCAUAUUCACUGAGAUGGAUGCCAAAACUGUGACUGCCUCUAUAAAACCAAAGUGUGGGCGUAUGAUCAGCUUCUCAUCUGGAGGAGAGAACCCACAUGGGGUGAAGGCAGUCACCAAGGGCCAGAGGUGUGCUGUAGCUCUCUGGUUUACCUUGGACCCACUUUAUAGAGAAUUGGAGCGAAUACAGGCUGACGAAGUGAUCGCAAUCCUGGAUCAAGAACAGCAAGGGAAGCAUGAACUGAAUAUCAAUCCAAAAGAUGAGCUAUAAAAAAAAAUGAGAGAGAAUGUUCUAUUAGAUAUUUAUUUAAAUUGUUAAUCUUAUGAGAACAUUUUUAUUUUUGUACAGAGCCGUGGUAUAACUUAACAGGUUGAUAUGAGUCACCUGAUCUCCCUUCUGUUCCUAAGGAUGUUUGCUUUGCCUCAUUCAGUCUUGUCUGUUUGUUUUGGUUUAUCAUCAGUUCAUCUCUCAAAGCUCAGUCACCCCCUACAUGCACACACACACACACACACACACUCUUCAUUUGCUGCAUCUCCAAAAGCUCAAGCAGAAAAAGUAAGUCUGCUCUUGGCGAAACUACAGCUCCCAUGCAUGCUGUAGUUCCAAAGUUAGCAUGUGAUUUGGUCUCAGAAGGCCUUUCUGGCUCUGAGCCUUUCAGCCACAUCCUCUCACAGUGCUGAUGGCCAUGAGUUCGAGUUUGAGGCACCCUGGCAGCACGGAGGUCUUCACUGCCUCACGUGUCAUUGGCCUGAGAGUCCCCAGGCUCUGAGAAAGAACCACUCUGAUGAGCACUGCGUGAGACAGAGGAGCCCAGCUUUUCCAGGGCCUUGGUGGAGUUUUUGACUCUGGUCUUUUCACCAAAGAAUAAACUUAACACUGGAAACUUCAGUUCACCCUGCGCAAUGCUCCAGAAAGGAUCCCUAUGAGUUGUGUCUUUAAAAAGGUUGUUUAGAAUGGCUCUUCACCUCAGUGACUUUAGAAGAAAAUCUUAAAUCCCCCUGAAUCUAGGCAUGAUUGCCAUGUCACCUGAGAGUGGGGUCCCCCGGUAAGAAGGAGCGUUUUGAUCUUAAGUAAGAAAAAUGGAUUUCUGAUGGAAUCCAGUCUUCAUCCGCAUGGGUUUUGGUGGUGUCUCCUCUUUGCUGCUCUUCCGCAUGUGGACUUGUUUUUGUGUCUAAUUUGUUUUAAUAAAGGGAGCCUUAUUUUAA